CUCCCGCUUCAUUCCUCAAUCUCUGGGUCCCAACCAUGAUACCAACGGGACAAUUACUUUACUCUGACCUUCCCUAGUUUUACACACCGCUAGUUAUCCCAACUUCUCACAAUGGCAACCAUUAAAUCCCUCCGGCCAUUCCUCCACAGCCCCAGGCCCUACGCCAUCCUGAAACCCCACCGACGAGCAUUCCUCCCAAACCCCUUCGAUGCUCUAAACCCCCUAAACCCCUCCUCUCCAUCAAGCUAUCAAACCCUCACCGCAACCCGAACGCUACCCUAUCCCUUGGCCCCAAUAUACAACAUAAUCUCAGACGUCCCCUCAUAUGCGUCCUUCCUGCCAUACUGCCAAUCUAGUGCUGUUACAAAAUGGUCUGAUCCCGAUAGCACAUACAACAGGAAAUGGCCGUCUGAGGCUCGGCUCACGGUUGGUUGGGGUAGUAUUACGGAGAGCUUUACUUCGCGGAUAUUCUGCGUGCCGGGGCGGAUUGUCGAGUCGGUUGGGGGCGUUACGGAAAGUGCGCUGGAUAGAAAUGAUAUCGCGCAUCAUCUGAGUGGAAGUAAUAGCGGGGCUAAGGAAACCACAACUACAACGGCAUCUGCACGUAAUAGCGAAGGGUUAUUAACCCAUCUGUCAAGCCGCUGGACAAUCAAUCCCGUUCCUAAGGACGCAGGGUCUUCAACCGAGAAGACAGAAGUCCGAUUGAGUCUUGAAUUUGCCUUUGCAAACCCAUUGUACUCGACGCUAAGCGCAGGCGUGGCGCCGAAGGUGGCGGAACAUAUGAUCAAAGCGUUUGAAGAGCGUGUUACGUUGCUGAUGAAGCAGAGGCCUGGGCUAGCGCGGGCGUCGUUAGAGGAUUUGGAAACGAGCGCGCCGCUCAAGAAGGACAAUAGGCUGCGAAGCCUCUCAUUAAAUGGAGACUCCCUCUCUAUCACCAACUUAAUAAAGAACUCAAAACUCACAUCCAGUCUAACAACAAAGCCGUUAAAUAUUCGAGUCUUCAAUCCCCAUCUCUGUUAA